AUGUCUUACUUUAGAAAUUUUGAAACUUCAGCUCCAGAACUGUGUAAACUUGCUACUAGAAUUCUCUCAAUUCCUUCAUUAUCAGCAGCCUCUAAAUACAAUUGGUCAGCUUUUUCUUAUAUCUAUAAAAAAAAGAGAGCUCAGUUAACUAAUGAACGUGUAUUAAAAUUAGUAUAUAUAUAUAGUAACUAUAAACUUAUCUGUCUACGACAAGAAUGUUCUGAUAUAGCAAAAGCACUAGCACAAUUAAAUAAUAGGACAACACAACCUUUAAACCAAAGAGAUAUCGAGAUAUUAGAUCCAGUAGAGAAUGAUGACCUAAAUGAUUCAUAUGAAAAAAUAUUGGUGGAAAAUGCAAAUGAAGAAUUGAUUGAAGAUUAUUCCAAUAUUGAAGAAACUGAUAGCAAAGACAUAGAUUAUGAAGAAAUAGAUAGCGAAAAUAAAUAA